CUCAAAAGGUGCGCCGCCCACGUCUGCGAGCACAUGAUGGAGAAAGAAAGAUGCCGCCACUGGCACAGCUGAUCCCAGCAUAGAAAUGAGAAAGUGAGCAUUUGAGCUCGUCUCUCCAGCUGCAGGGGCUUUCCUUCAGAAGCAUUCAUAAGGUUUGCUUGAGAUUGCUUCGUGGUGUUCUCAUUCUCCUCCUCACCCACGCUACUCGAUCAAUGUGAAGGGGUGCUACCGCAUCUUCUGGAAGCCAGUUGCUCCUUCUUCGUCUGCUGAGACUGGUGAACUCUUCAGCUUCAAGCCUAUUCCCACCAAUUGAAUCACGACCAGAUUUUCCAAAACAUCAACCAUGGUGAUCAGAGAGGACCGCGCCAAACCUCCGGCUCACACCAGUUUCCAGGCUUCAGCACUGCAUGCACUGGGUGGCACCCCCCCCAAGCAGAACAAACCCCUCGAGGAAGCUGGUUCAGAGUCUCCAGCACGCUCAAUGGACUUAUUCACACCACUGUCCGGUUUGGCUGGCGAGUUGUGCAGGCCACGCACAGUUGGGGGGGCAGCUGGCCCUGCUGAUGGGGGGAGUGAUGCGGAGGGGGAGAGGGAGGUUGGAAUCAAGAGGAAGGGCAGCUACAAUCCUGUCAAGAGCAAGAGGGCAAAGGAGGUGUCAGAAGGAAAUGAGAGUCAGCCAAUAUACUUACCAGAGGGGCUGGAGGCAGUCCUGGACGGCGUGCACCAGAAUGGAGAGUCCGAUUUUGAUCCGGUCCAAGCUCUUGCCAGCACACGCCACGAGUUUGGGGAGCAUGGCGGAGUCAACAUGAGCGUUGAGAACUCCACUACGUUCACCGUCAUGAAGCCUGAAACGAUGGAGAAGAUUUUCAAGGGCCAGCUCGGCCCGGAGAAUGGUGGCACCGACGGGUUCUAUCUGUACUCGAGGCACUUCAACCCGACUGUCAUGGUGUUCAGCCGCCAGAUGGCAGCCAUGGAGGGCACCGAGUCGGCGUAUUGCACCGCCAGCGGCAUGGCGGCGAUUGCGUGCAGCGUCCUCCAGGCUGUGAAGACUGGCGAGCACGUUGUGGCCUCCAACCGAUUGUACGGCGGCACCUUCGCCCUCUUCCACGACCUGCUGCCGCGGAUGGCGGGCAUUCACACCACGUUCGUGGACAUCGUGGACACGGGCAAGGUGCGGGAGGCGCUGCACAGCACGGGUGCCAAGGUGUUGUUCCUGGAGACGAUGUCGAACCCCACGCUAGUGGUGCCGGACCUUCCGGUGCUGGCGGCCAUGGCCCACGAGCGCGGCGCAAAGGUGAUCGUUGACAACACUUUCGCCCCCCUGGUGGUGUCGCCCGCCCGCUUCGGCGCUGACGUCGUCAUCCACUCGCUCACCAAGUUCAUCAGCGGCGGGUCUGACGUCAUCGCAGGCGUUGUGUGCUCGUCUGCGGCGUUCAUUCAGGAGCUGAUGGACCUCCACAUGGGCACGCUCAUGCUGCUCGGGGCGACCAUGAACCCGGCCGUCGCCUCACAGUUGUCUGGUCGGCUGCCGCACCUGGCCCUGCGUAUGCGCGAGCACUGCCACCGCGCCCAGGUCUUCGCAGAGCGUCUGGCGGACCUGGGGAUGCGCGUAGUGUACCCGGGGCUCAAGAGCCACUCCCAGCACGAGAUCCUGGCCCGGCUGCGCAACCGGGGCUACGGGUGGGGCGGCCUGCUGGGCCUGGACCUGGGCUCGCUGGACGCCGCGAACAAGCUCCUGGACUACCUCCAGAACAACAGCCAGUUCGGCCUCAUGGCCGUGUCGCUUGGCUACCAUGACACGUUGAUGAGUUGCAGUGGCGGCAGCACAUCCAGUGAGAUUCCGCCUGACGCCCAGGAGGAGGCCGGCCUGUCCCCGGGCUACGUCCGGGUGUCGGUUGGAUUUACCGGGGCGCUGGAGCAGCGCUGGGAGCAGCUGCACAAGGCCCUGUUGGACCUGAAGCUCAUCCCGGGGCAGUGACCGCCCGGCAGAACGGUUGACCAACUUCGGGUUCACGAGGCCUGUCUUGGUCCGUGCAUAUGUAAGUACGCUGUAUAUGCAGGUAGUAUAUACAACAGGUUCUGUACAAAACGAUACUGACCCAGAGAGAGCAUAAGGUAUAUAUCUAGGACGUUUAGGAGUCCCUUGGGUGUGAGGCUUCGCCUUCGGCAAAAGGAAGAACAGGAUGGACCGCAACGGGUGCUUGGGGUCCGGGAAGAGAAGAGUGACGAGAACCUGUUUUGUCUUGUACAUACCUCACCGUCAAGCUGAUAGACUUCAAUGAAAACUCGGCCGCCCAGAAAUCAUAGCAACAUCUCCGCGAUCUUCUUAGGUGAAGCUUGGCCUGUAGAAUGGAAUUUGUGUUUCAUAGUCACUGACGUGCAGGGGACUGAAUUAGAAUCAACGAGUAGGAUAGUGACAGGAUGACCUUAGCGCUGCUAAGUAUCGCCUCGCUCGCGCUCAAGCCAGACUGGAUUGUCAUAGCGUUUAGUUGCGUAACACUGCUUUCAAAGAUUGCAUAUGGUGUUAAAACUGUUAUAACGGUUCUGCGUGUUUUGUUUAUCCCUCGCGCUUCCUCCUUUCGC